AGGCCAUGCGUAUCGUUCGGACAGUCGGGCAGGCGUUUGAAGUUUGUCACAAACUGAGUCUGCAGCACACGCAGCAGAACACAGAUGGACAGGACGACCACCACAGCGACAAGAACAGCAAUGACUCCUCCGUCACAGGUGUGCGUGCUUAUCCACCUGUGUGUGUAUGUACUUUCCUGGGCUCAGUUCGGGAGCUAACAGGUGCAGAGAAGACGGCGACCGUCGCUGAAGAAACCGACAUUGAUGCCGAGGAGGUGAGCCAGGCGCUAGCAGCAGAGGAUCUGAACCUCAACAGAGGAGUGACUGACCUGGACGCCACAGCCAAGACAACAGAUGUGAACCUCUCAGAAAACAAGCAGCCUUCAGAGGAGGCUUCCCUGCUGGUGUCCAGCCCCAAGAUGCUGCUCCCAGCAUCAGGCAUACUGCCACCCAGCACCCCGUUGUCUGUGCACCACCAGAUCCAACUGCUCCAGCAACAGCUCCAGCAGCAACAGCAGCAGACACAAGUGGCUGUGGCACAGGUCCAUCUCUUGAAGGACCAGCUGAGUGCAGAGGCCACGGCUCGGCUGGAGGCCCAGGCUCGCGUCCACCAGCUGCUCCUCCAGAACAAAGACCUGCUGCAGCACAUCUCUCUGCUGGUUAAACAGAUCCAGGAACUGGAGACCAAAAUGUCUGGACCAAAUUCCAUGGGUUCCCAGGACAGUUUGUUGGAGAUCACCUUCCGGUCUACAGUACCUCCGGUGAUAUGUGACCCCACGACACCUAAGCCUGAGGUGUCAGCCCUCAACCUGCACACAUUUGGCAACAGCGACGGGACCAGCAAUGCCUUCUCAUCAUCCAACGGGACCCUGGGAAGCCCACUAGUUGAUCAAAGUAUGUUUGAGAACUCCAUUGCGCAGCAGCAGAGUCCCCAGACCUCGAGGCCAGGGCCGUCCUCGACCCGGCGCGCCGCGGCGACGACUAAUUCCAACCCGGGGUCCAGCUGCGUGGACUCGCCCUCCUCUGGAGGACAGCAGAGGCUGAAAAAUGCCAUUAACCUGGGCAAGGCAGUCGGGGCAAAGGUCAAUGACUUGCUAAGAAGAAAAGAGCCCAGCAACCUCGGAGACAUUGGGGUCACGGAGGUCAACAAGAAUGUUGGUGCAGUUUGGAGCUGCAUGGAGCAACUCAGUGAGACUGCUGCCAGCAGCCACAUCACCUCCUUUGACUCCUUCCCUCGGCUGGACCCUCCACCCCCAUCGGGGAAGAAGCGCCUCCCUCGAGCACUGAAGACGACCCAGGACAUGAUGAUCUCCUCUGACCCCGUGGUCUCCUCCCCCGACCCUGUGGAUUCUUCCUCUUUCCCUUCCUCCCCUGAGAAGACAUCCCCCAUCACUCAGGAGGAGAUAAGGAAUGAGGAGGAGCAGCAACAGGGAAAGGAGGAGGAAAAGAGGCCAUCGGGCCCAGCAGAGAGGAAACCCGGAGCUGAUUCUGAGACAGCUGAGAUCAAUGACAACGUGGAUACAGUGAUAGGUGGAGAAGAGGAUGGCGUAGAAGUGGGAAGCUCUGAUGAAGGCAUGGAUGAACACAGGCUCCAGCUCCAGCUCUCUGUACCAGACCUCAUCAAUAAAGAUCCCCCUCUGGAGUCCAAAGCCAAACAAUGCGAUAUCUGGCAGAAGGCGCCGGGGCCAGACUCGCGGCUGGCUUCCACUCCCUGCUCGGGCAAAACUCCCUGCCGCAUCAGCCUGGGCGAGGAUGUCCUGCUGGGGAAUGGCGCCCCCUGUAGCAAAGCCACUGGAGGGAGCACUGAAGACAUGGAGCACCAUCCAGACCUGCUGUCGUUUGAGUAACACACAGAGCUGCGGCCAAAUAACCAGUUCAGUAGAUUUCAAAAAGAAUUUGAAGUUUUUCUCUUAGUGUCCAUCCCAGAAAUGUGUGUGGAGGUAAUUCAAACAGACUGCAGCGAGUACUGCAAAUCAAAAAUUCACUGCCACUUUUCAAUUUUUCAACUCGAUCUUCUCUGGGCUUUACUUUAGGAAAAGAGAACACGUACUUCCAGAACCGAGGGCUCUUUAUCUUUUUUUAAUCUGAUUUCCGGAUGUGCGAUUAGCUGAAAGGUCACGGUAAUUACGCCUUGCUUUCUAACACGGCUGAUCUGAGGUCAGCUGGGCGCUUCAAGAAUCUUGUUAAUGAAUGAAAACAAAAACUGACCAGCAUGAGACAAUGAAUGAGCAGCAACAGAGGAAAUAAGCGGGACUCUUUUUUGUGCAGUUUUUUAAUGCUUCUGAUUUAUUCACUGUGUAUUUCUUAUGUAUAUCAGGUGUCUAACAUAUCAUGCCUUCCUCAGUAAUGUAAUGAUGAUGUAACAAUGAAUGUUUUAAGUGAGAUGAAAUAUCCUUUAAAUGGGCUAAAAUGUUACAGACAGUUAUUGGCAAGUGUAACCACAAACAUUAAAUUUUAUAUUAUUUUAUCAGUAUUAAGAUAAAACACUAUUGUAUUUAGCACCACGAUAUUUUCGCUCUAUUUAAAGGGACAUUUCAUUGCAUUUUUGGUAUAAAUCAUACAAACGCUGCUGCAGCUCAAAGUUAUACAGCAAUAUAAUGUACAUUUAGACUCAUUUAACAUAAAACUCAAGUGUUAGGAGUUAGGCGCAGGCUCGGGAAAAGAAGACGGAAGUGAGGGGUGGAGAGGCGGAAAGGAUGUGAAUGUGUAAGAUGGAAAAGGUUAGCGAGGAAUUUCCUUUCAGUUCAGUCGAUAUGAAAUGUCACGCAGCACUUUCUACUGCAGGAGGGCGAAGCCUUUUGACCCUCAGCUUCACCCUAAAGAAAUGAUUCCUGUUCCUUCUUGAGCCAACCUGGAAGAGAACUUUCUCCAAAAUGGAUUUUUGGAACACACUUAAACUUUUGUUUCAGUUAUAUUUAUAUAGCGCCAAAUCACAACAACAGUCACCUCGAUGCGCUUUUUCUUGUAAGGUGAAGACCCUACAAUUACAGAGAGAAAUCCCAACAAUCAGACGACAUCUGAUGAGAAAGCACUUGAGUGAGACGUAACGUCCGGCAGAACCAAGCUCGGGGAGGGGGGCGGGAAUCCAAACCUACAUGGCCCUGUGUAAAAAAGCGUUCGCCCCCUAAACCUAAUAACUGGUUGGGCCACCCUUAGCAACAACAACUGCAAUUAAGCGUUUGCAAUAACUGGCAAUGAGUCUUUUACAGCUCUGUGGAGGAAUUUUGAACCACUCAUCUUUGCAGAAUUGUUGUGACUCAGCAACUGUUUGUACCAUAAAAAUUUGAUUGCCUGGAAGGCGAAGGAGCUGUGUGUUUGGAUCCAGGCUCAUAAUUUGACCAUAACUGAAACACCAACAUGAUAAAGAUUUCCAAAAUCAUCUUCCCGCUGUGGCUGAACUGAAAGCGAAUUCCAGUGAUCUCCACAAAAUCCUGAUGGAGAGUCGAAAGAGAGACGGGUGGAGGGACGGGCAGCUUUUGGAGGGAGGGCUGCUGGAAAGUUGUUUCUGAGCUGAGGAGGAGCAGGAUAAUUAGCUGUCAGCAGAAAGAGAUGAAAGAGGUGCGUUUUUAUUUGAGCAGAUCAUUAAGUGACAGACCAAAGACAGAAGCGAUUGGCUCAGUCAGACAUGCUGUUUUUUGUCACAUUAUUUUAGUGAGAAAGCAGGAGCGAAGAUUUCUGCAGAAGAGAAUCUCUCUCAUUUACUUUCACUUCAUCGGCUCUGGAAAAAAGAACCCAAAGCCUGUGUAUUAAUACCUUUGUCGUAGCAGUUCGCAUUUGAAACUUUCUGACUCAGAAAGGUUUUUUUUUAUCACUGUAAGAGUAGCACAAUCAAGUUGCCAUGGUUAUUGUAGCACAAGCAAAGCUGUAUUUUUAUAACACUACUGUGUGAGCAUCUGUUCUGCAGAUCUGUGCGAGUGGAUUAAAGUGGACUUUUGAACUGUGGAAAGUGAACACAAAGAUCCCAAUGCCCAGACACUGAAAAGAACCCAUUUUCUGCGAGUGGCCUCAGUGAGUGACCUGCUGUCCUUGUAGGGAUACACUAAAAAUAUCAAAGAGCUCCCAGAGGACAGCGAGACAGAGGCACAGCCAGCGUUGGUCAUGGUCAGGUCGUGCUCGGCAGAAUGAGAGGAAUGUUGGAGCUAAAGAGAAAUAGAUAAAGGAAGCUUUGUCUCAGUCUGUCUCUCUCUGACUUGGUCUUACUGCCAUCUACCACCACAAUAAAGCAGCUGAUGUCUCCCAUUAAAGAGUUAUUUCACCCAAGUCACAAAACAUAAUUGUCCCAUUAGCUUUAACAAGCAACCUGCAAGACACUGUGGAGAUUUUCUGCUGUUUUCAGCACCCAGAGCAUUGCUCAUGAAGUGAGAGUGGCAGAUGACAGGUGGAAAUGAAAAGUAGCUUUUUAAAAAAAAAAGAAAAAAGAAAAUGUGUAAACUGACCCUUUUAGGUAGAUGCAAGAGUGAAAAAGUAUCAUUUACUAUUACAAAAAAACAUAACUACUGACAAACACUGGUGUACAGCAUGAGCAGGGAAAAUAUAGCCACCAUUAUUAAAAUGGGUUUCUUAAACCAAAGCAGUUUGUUAUAGAGGAUAGCUAAGGCUGAUGAUGUCAGAUAUCCCUAAUAUGGUCAUUUAAGUCCCACCCACUUACUGUACAAACUUACUGUUUGUGAGAGGCAACCAGUCAGAAGGAAUGUGGCUUAAAGUGAGGGGAGGGCUUGUGUUUGGCCUGAUGAGCUGCACCAGCAUGAGGUAAAUGAGGAUUUUCUUGAACAGCAAAUAUUACAAAACCUCUGAAGUAGAGUCCAAGAAUAUAAAUCUGUUGUAUGAAACGUGAGCAGAAGCCCUGCCCACUUUAAAUGGCUCAGAAAAACUGAAAUCUGUCAAGUAACGACCAAAACUCUUUUUUUUUCAUGUUUAUGUAGAGCUCAUCGGUCCCUAAAUGAAACAAAAACCACCCUAAAAUAAAAAUUGUAACUUGUAGCCUGACGGUCGAUGAUAAGCCAAGUGUCUCUCAGCACGGAGAUGAACCACUUAUCAGAGAGGCUUUGAUGUGAUCUAACAAACACGCAGGAACGGAUUGAUAACAGCCACUCGGAUUGAGUCAGAAGGUAAAAGCAAUGCAACGCGAUCAUUAGUUCAGAGAAUGCAAACGAGCAGCUUUACGAGGACACAAACACUAAAAAGCUGAAUUCUUUUAUUUGCUGAUGAAGGAGGAGCAGUGUACUUUUUAUGGAAAUGUUGUAAGGCUAUUUUUGAAAAUUCUGUGAAAAUGCUAAUCACUUUGUUGCUCUAACAAAUGAAGGAAAGAGAUUUAUUUUGAUAUACAGUCAGAGGCAAUCUGCGUUAUUUAGCUGCUGCAGAAUUUGAUAAAUGGAGAGGAAGAAAAUGACCACCCUUUGUCUGUGACGUCGUGUCUUGCUUUUGUCUUUUCAACGCUGGUCGACAUGAUUUCAGCAGACAUGAUGAAUGAAGGAAGCUGAGUGCUGCACGUGGAGGCUUUUUCAAAACAAGCCCGAAGACUGGGACCUUUUAGCAAUUCUGCUUUAACUGUUGCAAAUUAUGUGACUGUGUCUCUUUUUUUAUAAUGAAAAAUCAAAAUGAUUCAAUAAUUUUUUGCCUUUUAUCCUCCUAAUGUAGUUUUUUUUUUUUUUUAAGUGGGGAAAUAAUUCCUCCAAUGGCUGUAAUCUUCUGAGAAAACAAAUCUGAAAAUAGACUUAAUCAUGAACCA